UUUUAUUUUGUCAACACAAAAAGGCUUCAUCGUUAACGAUUAUCCAUCUUCUUCUACGGGGAAGAGGAAACGUCUCUCCGAUCGCCGAAGAGAGUAUCUGGACCUGUUUCCUUCGUGGAAUUUGGAAAGAGAAGCUGAUAUGUUGCUUGAGAGGCUCUCCAAGAAACCACCUUCGCUUGUUGAUCUAUGCGUUAGGUUAGCUAUUGAUAAUGUACGCUACAUUGGGUACGUUGGUGGCGUUGAUUUUCAGCUCCUUGAGAAGAUCCUGCAGCACUGUACGUUGGAACAGCUCAUGCAUAUAGAGGAUUCCACUCAGGAUACUGAUCUUAGUCCUGUGACUAAUGAGUUAUGGAAGAGGUUCUAUGAGAAGCAGUAUGGUGCUAAGAACUUGAGUUUUGUCAUGGAGAAGAUGGAGCGGAGUAAAGUCAGUUUCAAGUGGAGAGAGUUAUAUGAGGCAAAGUUGAAAGUUGUGGAAGAAGAUGAGAAGGAAGCUGUUGAUCGACUUAAGCAACGCUACAAGAAUGAAGACGCAAGGAAACAAAGUCGUCAAACUAAGCUCUGCGCAAAAGCUCCUCCAGUGAAAAAACCUUUCUGGGGUAAUAGUGGAACAAGUUACAAUCUUUCGAAUGUCAAGAGCAACAUCAUGAAGAAGGCCAAACUAGAUGUUUUAAAGAGUCAAGAAGUGAAGAAUCUCACUGCAAUUAAGAGGAACACGAUUCAGAAGGGUUUCAGUAGUUCUGCUUCAAAGAGAACCGGCUUAUCAGCAAACCUGCCUUCAACAUCAAGAAGCAACUCUUGUGGCGAACAAGUGAAAAAUCUCACUGCAGUUAAAAGGAACACAACCCAGAAGCCUUUCAGUAUUUCUGCUCCAAAGAGGACCGGCCUAUCCUCGACUGCGCCUUCGACUUCAAGAAGUGGUGAAGGGAAUCUACCUCCAAAGAGGAUCAAAUGCCUUCUUGGGGCUGCUCCUUCAACUUCAAGAAGCAACUCUUAUGGUGAAGGGAAUCUACCUCCGAAGAGGAUCAACAGCCUUACUGGGUCUGCUCCUUCAACUUCACGAAGCAACUCUUAUGGUGAAGGAAAACUACCUCCAAAGAGGAACAGCCUUCCUGAGGUUGCUCCUUCAACUUCAAGAAAUACAGCCACCAAAAGAAAACAUGUAAUAUAACCUAUGACAUUCUUUUCUGAUCAUAUUUAUUCAAGUGUAUCGUUUGCAUGCGUGCUUCAAGUUUCGAACUUUUGUUGCUUGAGGAUAAGCAACAAUAAAUCUUUAAAGAUUCUGCAAUUAUGGUGA